UUAUCCGACACAAAUAAACGCUUCCAUCGCCCCUGCGGAGGCCGCCUCAUUGUGUGCACCGGGCGGCCUUGGGCGAUCGCUCUCCGGCUCGUCCAAGAGGGGCUCCAGACGAUGAUUUAGUGACGGCUCUUGUGCUUUUGUACCCCCCCAAACGUUGCCUCCCUAGCGGUGAUUAUUAUUAUUAUUAUUAUGCUUCCUCUUCUGACGAGACCCAAGAUAUAUGGGACGCGACGUUGCGGUGAACGACCCGAACCGAUACCGACAGCAGUGCGCUAGCGGGGCGAGACAACAUACGGCUAGCGGCUAGCUGGUUCCGAUCCAGUGCCAGGCAACUUCCAGUUAGCCAGCUAGCAUAGCCGCAUCUCCAGUUGUUGCUAGCCGGCUAACCCCGGACUACUUUACUUCCACGGACGCUCUUAUGCUACUUGCACGUCAAGCAGUCGUAAUAACCAACUAAUUACACAGUGACAGCUGGCGUUAAGCAUUUUGGAGAUGUGAGGAACGGGAGAAGACAUUGGUGAUAUCGAGCAGCCUGCGCAUCUACUCGACCCUUUGACCUUAUCUUCAGCAUGAAUGGUGAUAUGCCUCAUGUUCCCAUCACUACUCUCGCUGGAAUUGCUAGCCUCACCGACCUGUUGAACCAACUCCCACUGCCCUCGCCGCUCCCUGCCACCACCGCAAAGAGCCUGCUCUACAAUGGAAGGAUCUCCGAAGAGGUCAGCAGCCUGCUGGUGUGUCGGGAUGACAGUCUGGUGACUCAGCUGGCGCGCGGCCUCAACCAGGUGUCCACAGAACACAUAGAGCUGAAGGACAACUUGGGAAAUGAUGAGCCUGAGGGUGACAUGCCAGUGCUCCUGCAAGCUUUGCUGUCCAGAAACCCCAAGAUUUUCCGAGACAAAAGUGUGAUACAGCAACCAGCUGUGCAGCAGUAUAAGAUUUCACCAAACCAGGUGCACAGGAGUCCAGCACCAAACUAUCAGCAGACACCAGUCACUGCUCAAAGAUCAUCUGGAUGCUUCACUUCACAGCAGUCAGGGUCUGGAGCGCGGUUCAUAUCGCAGCAGACACAUUCAAACAGCCCCAUCCCGAGCCCUUAUACUCCUCAGAGUCCUGCUGACUACAUGCAGUACAGUCCACCUAGUUACUCGCAACACCAGCAGACGCAGCACGGUGGGUCCCAAGUUGCAGGAAAUAUUAGAAAUCUUCACAGUAAAGUAUCUGGGCAGCUAUCAAGUAACCCAUCCAAUCACCACUCCAAGCCAGGCUCUGAUGACGACUAUGUCAACAUCGCGCACAGACUCGGAAAUGAAGACAAUGAGCAGUCCAUGAUGGCUGCAUUGUUUCCUGUGAAGUCACCACAGUCUGUGUGUUCCCCUGAUGACAGCGAAGAACCUGCUAAAUGGUCAAGGCCUCUGCUCAUCAUGCAGUCACCUUCUGCCGAGCUUCCUUCCGGUGCGUCCCCCAACAUGCACCUUUCCUCUGCCGAGCGCAAAAAGAAGCAGAAGCAAAGGAGCAAAGCUGGGGGCGAGCAUGUGGACAAAAACGCCUUGUACGACAUUGUGAGAUCUCCGGUGAAAGACUCGGCCAGGCUGACUUUAAAGCUGUCUCGGGUGAAGACUACAGAAAAGGAAGAGUACGAAGAGCAUUCUCCCAGGACAGAGGUGGACAGCAAAGCUCAUGUGAUGAACAGUAAAAACGAGUUGCUGAGUGCUGACCAGCAGGACAUCGAGUGCAAGUUUGGUGCGGAGGAGCAGUCUGAUUGUCAGCAGGGAAACAGCAAUGAGAGUGGCUCUGUCUCAGCCGCCAUUGUGUUGGAUGACGCCGACAUCGAUGCUCUAGCUGAGAUUGAGAGGACAGAACGUGAGUCCGUCAGUGAGAGAUGGUCUAAAGAAGUCCAGGAUAAAGACAAGCCGCUGAAAAAACGCAAGCAAGACUCAUACCCUCAGGAGCCAGACGCAGAGGACGGACACGCAAUACAAGGAAGCAACAACGCCAGCAGCCAGUUGACGCCCAAGAAGAUGAACGCCGCCAGUAAUGGUUCCGCUCGUCCUGCCUUGAUGGUCAGUAUCGAUCUGCAGCAAGCUGGCCGAGGGAUAAGACAGCCCAUAGUGGUUCUCGAUGCCAAGCAUCUGUGCGACGAACACAUUUUGCGCUUUAACGCGGAAGCGGAUGUGGAUAAAGUUGACGCGCACCGCCUGCCCAUGAAUAAACAGCAGAGUGACGACUGUGAGAGGUCCAAUUUUGGUAUGCGCCCAAAGCAGAAGCCUGAAUCCAAACACAGAACUGACAGUAAAGGUGACAGUGGCAAAGGACGUGGGGACUUGCCGAGGGUGAAGCAGAGCAAAGAUUCCACCUCUCGGCACAAAGAGGACAAGAAUCACAACAGUCAAUCAGAACCCCUGAAAACCCCAACCAAGGCAGAGCAUAACUCUGCUCAUAAUGAAGACAAAGGCAGGGAGAAGAAGAAAACAAAAGAUAGUAAUGAAACCGAUAACAAUAGAAGGGAAAAAGACAGAGAUGUGGAUAAGGAAAGAGAGAAAGAAAGGGAUAGGCUCAAGGAUAGGGAUAAAGACAGAGAUAUGAAUAGGGAAAGAGAUAAAGAUAGGGACAGAAUGAAGGAUAUUGAUAAAGAUACAGAUGUGGAUAGGGAAAGAGAGAAAGGUAGGGAUAGGGUCAAAGAUAGGGACAAAAACAGGGAUGUGGAUAAGGAAAGACAAAAAGAUAGGGAUAAAAUGAAAGAGAGGGAGAAAAACAAAGUUAGGGAAAAAGAUAAGGAUCGGGAGAAAGAUAGGGACAGGGAAAAAGACGGACAUAGGGAAAAGGACAGAGGCAGGGACAAAGACAGGGUUAGAGAUAGGGAAAAGGACAGGGAGAAAGACAGAGGGAGGGAUAAGGAUCAAGAGCGAGUUAAAGACAAGGAAAAGGAGAAGGAGAAAGAAAGAGUCAGGGAGAAGGAUCCGGAUGGGGACAAAGAUCGAGCUAAGGAAAAGGAGCGGGAUAAAGAAAAAGACAAACAUCGGGAGAAGGAGAGGAAUAGGGAUAAAGUUAAGGAACGGGAGACAGAUGACAGAGUUAAAGAGAGGGAAGACAAGACAAAGAAACACAAAAUGUCAAAGGAUAACAGACACGACCAGUCGUUGGAUGUUACUCCCAAGCAGGAUUACAAAAUAAGGCAGGAUGGGAGCAGGAACUCUGGAGAAAGGACAGACAAAUCAACAUUUCAUUCCCCACAAAAUAAAAAAGAGCGGAAAUUUGGAGGUGAAAGUGUCCCGGCUGCAAGCAAACAGCCUUCCCUUGAGACCAAACAGAGCGAAUUCCCCUCAUACCUCCUAGGUGGCAAUUCCAGAACCCUGAAGAACUUUGUGAUCCCGAAAGUGAAGCGGGACGGUGUUGAUAAAGGUCCCCAACUGCCACACAGCGUUGCUGUUGUUGACAACUGGAAAGAACCCCGUGUUUUGCUGGAGAGGAGGUCGCUGGUUGAGAACUUUAAAAAAGGCUCCAAGCCUGUCGUGACGCUUAAGCGACUAAACCCUGACGACAUACAGAGCAUCAAAAAGGAACUGAAGAUCAUGUACAAGGCCAGGAAUUGGUCUUCUUGUCACAAAUCCAGAGACACGUCAUUUAGCGAGAAGGCAAACAAGCGCAGACACGGUAUGAUCAGCAAGACGCCCAAGUAUACUUGCGACUCGGAUGAAGAGGAGAAAGAUGGCGAUGACGACAAUGACGACAGAUCUGACGAUGAGGUGGCUAGGAAAAGGCAGAAGAAAGGUCAUGACAAGGCAUGGAAGCAUGAAGCCAGAAAGGGUCGUCACCGCCAGCAAAACUGGAGCUCGGAUGAGAGCGAUGGUGGUCCACCACCAAAUUUAAGUGACGUGUCCAGAAAAUUGAAGAAAAAACACAAAGAGAGAAAGGCAUACGAGAAGAUGCGACCUGAGGAUUUGAUGGAUUCUUCCACUUUUAAGAGAUUCACUGCCACUGUAGACAGCAUCCUGGAGAGCCUCGAGGAUGUUGACUUGACUGCUGCAGAUAAUGAUGAUGAUGAUGGAAUACCACAAGAGUUGCUUCUUGGAAAGCACCAGUUGAGCGAGUUGGGGAGCGAUUCUUCUAAGAUUAAAGAUAUGGGCAUCUUUAAUAAGUUUCCAUCUGAGAAAAUGGUGAAAUUUAUGAACAUAUUGGAGAAGAACAUUCAGGAUAGUGUUAAACUUUCAACAUUAAUGAAUCAAGGCAACGACUCCAUGGAUGAGGAGCGGUUAUGGCGCGACCUCAUCUUGGAGCGUGUGACAAAGUCAGCUGAUGCCUGUCUGACUGCGCUGAAUAUCAUGACGUCACCACGCAUGCCCAAGGUUGUUUUCAUCGAAGACGUCAUUGAGAGGGUGUUGCAGUACACCAAGUUCCACAUGCAGAACUCUUUGUACCCCCAGUAUGACCCUGCCUACAAAGUGGAUUCCCAUGGAGGUGGCUCGCACAAUUCAAAGGGCAAGAAAGCAAAGUGUUCUGCUCAUAAGCAGAAGACGGUGGUCCAGCUUUACAACAAAGUGUGCGACAUUGUCGGCAGCAUUUCGGAGCUGGUGGAGGUCCAGCUGCUAACUGACACCACUAUCCUCCAGGUGUCCGCUCUUGGUAUCACACCAUUUUUUGUGGAGAACGUCAGUGAGCUGCAGUUGAGCGCCAUCGCUUUGGUGACCGCAGUGUUCUCUCGCUACAGGAAGCACAGGCAACUCAUUCUAGAAGAGAUCUUCAGCUCCAUGGCCAGGCUGCCCUCAAGCAAACGCAACCUUCGAAACUUCAGAUUGAACAGCAUCGAUUUGGACGGAAGCGGCAAGCAUAUCCAGAUGGUCACCGCCUUGGUUCUUCAGCUCAUCCAGUGUGUGGUGCAGCUUCCCUCUUCAAGGGAUUCAGAAGAUGAACAUAAUAAGAAGGUGGACAAAGACGUCCUCAUCACAAAUUCCUAUGAGACGGCCAUGAGAACGGCUCAGAACUUCCUGUCUGUGUUUCUCAAAAAAUGUGGCAGUAAGCAAGGAGAGGACGACUACAGGCCUCUAUUUGAGAACUUUGUCCAUGAUCUUCUGUCCACUGUUAACAAACCCGAGUGGCCUGCUGCUGAACUGCUGCUCAGCUUACUAGGUCGCCUCCUGGUGCACCAAUUCAGUAACAAGCAGACAGAGAUGGCGCUCAGGGUGGCAUCGCUGGACUACCUUGGCACUGUUGCUUCUCGCCUGCGUAAAGACGCAGUGAAUAGCAAGAUGGACCAGAAGGCUAUCGACCGCAUCCUCAAAGAAUCUCCGGGCAACAAUGAGACGCAGCAACUCCAGAGGGCUUUGCUCGGCUACAUCGAGGAGAAGAGCGAAAUAGAUCCUUCCCUAGUGUUUGCCAGGAGUUUCUACAUCGCCCAGUGGUACAGGGACAUCGCAAGCGAGACGGACAAGGCCAUGAAGUCUCACAAUGACGAUGACGAGGACCCUAAAGGUCUGUACGAUUCCAAUGAUGCCAACACCACUGAGGAGAUAAUGCAGAGGGCUGAGUUACGGAAAAAGUUCUUGCGCAAGGUCAUCAGGAACUCCCAUACCAGGAUCACCUCUGAGACAAUGGACUACAAGGACUCCUGUCUCAUUGUUCGUUAUUUGGCCUCCAUGAGGCCAUUCGCGCAGAGCUUUGACAUUUAUUUAUCACAGAUUCUGAGAGUGCUCGGCGAGAGCGCCAUCGCAGUCAGAACUAAAGCCAUGAAGUGUCUGUCUGAGGUCGUGGCUGUGGAUCCAAGUAUCCUAGCAAGGUCUGACAUGCAGCGUGGGGUUCACGGUCGCUUAAUGGACAACUCCACCAGCGUGCGAGAGGCAGCCGUGGAGCUUGUCGGUCGCUUUGUGCUUAGUCGACCCGAGCUCAUUGAGCAGUACUAUGACAUGCUCAUCGAGAGGAUAUUGGACACAGGUAUCAGCGUGAGGAAGCGAGUCAUUAAGAUCCUGAGGGAUAUUUGCUUGGAGCUGCCCGACUUCCACAAGAUCACAGAGAUGUGUGUCAAGAUGAUCCGAAGGGUCAACGACGAGGAGGGGAUUAAGAAACUGGUGAAUGAAACCUUCCAGAAACUGUGGUUCACGCCCACCCCCAGCCACGACACGGACGCCAUGACCAGAAAAAUCCUCAACAUUACAGAUGUGGUUCUUGCUUGCAAAGAUUCUGGCUAUGACUGGUUUGAGCAACUCCUCCAAAAUCUACUUAAAUCAGAAGAAGCAGCUUCAUACAAACCUGCUAAGAAGGCCUGCAGUCAGCUGGUGGACAAUCUGGUGGAGCACAUACUCACAUAUGAGGAGCCUAUUGCAGAUUGUGAGGACAAAGGAGUGAACUCAGGUCACUUGGUAGCAUGCAUCACCACCCUCUACCUGUUCAGCAAAAUCAGACCACAGCUGAUGGUCAAACACGCCAUGACCAUGCAGCCCCACCUUACCACCAAGUGCAACACUCAAAAUGACUUUAUGGUGAUUUGCAACGUCGCUAAGAUCCUGGAGCUGGUUGUGCCUCUGAUGGACAAUCCUAGUGAGAAUUUUCUCACCACCAUAGAAGAAGAUCUCAUGAAGCUCAUCAUCAAAUAUGGCAUGACGGUUGUACAACACUGUGUAAGCUGUCUUGGUGCUGUGGUGAACAAGGUGACGCACAACCACAAGUUUGUUUGGGCUUGUUUUAAUCGCUUCUAUGGCGCCUUGGCUAAACUCAAGACCCAGCACCAGGAAGACCCCAACAGCUCCACUCUGGUCACCAACAAACCCACGCUGCUACGCUCACUGUUUACGGUGGGAGCUUUGUGUCGACACUUUGACUUUGACCAAGAGGAGUUCAAAGGCGCAAACAAGAUCGUCAUAAAGGACAAAGUGUUGGAGCUUCUCCUGUACUUCACUAGCCACAAAGAUGAAGAAGUCCAGAUGAAGGCCUUGAUAGGUUUAGGCUUCCAGUUCAUCAUGCACCCGGAGCUCAUGUUUGUCCAAGACGUGAAGGGUCUCUACAAUACCACCCUCUCUGAUGAGCACAGUUUAGUCAGUCUGAAGAUCCAGGUUCUUAAAAACCUGCAGACAUACCUACAGGAGGAGGACUCACGAAUGCAAGAGGCUGAUCGCGAAUGGAAGGAUAAGGCCAAACAGGAGGAUCUAAAGGAGAUGGGCGACAUCUCCUCAGGCAUGAGCAGCUCCAUCAUCCAGAUCUACCUGAAGCAAGUGCUGGAGUCCUUCCUCCACACGCAGUCCACCGUGCGGCACUUUGCUCUGAGCGUGAUCACGCUGACCCUCAGCCAGGGCCUCAUCCACCCUGUGCAGUGCGUACCGUACUUGAUUGCCAUGGGAACCGACCCUGAGCCAACCAUGAAGAACAAGGCUGAUCAACAGCUGGUGGAGAUUGACAAGAAAUACUCAGGCUUUAUCCAUAUGAAGGCCGUAGCAGGGUUGAAGUUAUCCUAUCAGGUCCAGCGAGCCAUCGCUGGGUCGAAAGACGUGGUCCUUCGAGGUUUCCGCCACCAAGACACCGACUCUGCCCUCUGCUCCCACUUGUACACUUUGGUCCGGGGGAACCGUCAACACCGGCGAGCUUUCCUCAUUUCAUUGCUGAACAUGUUUGACGACAGCUCUAGAACAGAGGUGAACUUGCUGGUCUUUGUAGCAGACAACUUGGCCUGCUUCCCUUACCAGACGCAGGAGGAGCCUCUUUUCAUCAUGCACCAUGUGGACAUCACUCUGUCUGUCUCUGGGAGCAACCUGCUUCAGUCUUUCAAGGAGUGUCUAAGAAAAGGACCGGUGCCGAAGCCAAAGAAGACGAAGAAGAUAAAGAAGAAAAAGAAGAAGAAACCCAGGAGGAUGAGAGAAGUCUCCGACGAUGAGGACAGCCAAGGGAGCAGUAGCCAAUCCAGCAGCAGUAGUAGUAGCAGCAGCAGCAGCAGCAGCAGCAGCGAUGAGGAGGACAAGAAGGUCCACGGGCAGAAAAAGGUGGAUUCUGACUCCGACAUGGACGACGAGGACGUCGUCAUGGCCCGCCUCCCUGAGGACUCAAAGCCUCUGCUGGACUUUUCCAUCGCUUCACAGGGAAUCCUGCUGCUGCUCGUGCUCAAGCAGCAUCUGAAGAAUCUAUACGGCUUCUCAGACAGCAAAAUCCAGAAGUACUCGCCAACAGAGUCUGCCAAAGUGUAUGACAAGGCCGUGAACAGGAAAUCCAAGGUGCACUUCAACCCCCGCCAGACACUUGACUUCCUCAAGGGUGGUCUUAGCAGCACGGCUCUGAGCAAAGAAACCAAGAGGGAUAUUGUCAAGCAGUAUUUAGAUUUCAAAGUGCUGAUGGAGCACCUGGAUCGCGAGGAAGAGGAAGAGGAGGGCGAAGCCAGCGCCAAUGCCAGAAACAAGGCAAUUACCUCGCUGCUAAGAGGGCCCAAACCUCGAAACCACAACCACAACAAUCACACGGCGCAAGCUGAGUCAGACGACGAGGAGAGCGAGGAUGAAGAUCCCCCACCGCAAAAGUCAAAAAGAGGUGACGACUCAGCAGAGGAUUCUGCCAACAUGAACGAGAGGGUGGAGGUGAUGGACAUUGUUGCUAUCUGCUGUCCCAAAUACAAAGACCGGCCGCAGAUCGCCCGGGUGGUCCAGAAGACCAAAAGUGGCUAUAGUGUACACUGGAUGUCCGGUUCUUAUUCAGGCCCCUGGGUUGUGGCCAAGAAAAGAGACGGUCGCAAGAAGGUGCCUUGGGUGGACAAUAUCAAGGAGUCGGACAUUAUUUAUAAGAAAAUCUCCUUAACUAGCGGACUGAAGCUUACAAACAAAGUGGCACAGACGUUACGGGCACUAUACGCUGCCAAGGAUGAGACAAAGCAUUGAUCAUCUGAAAUCAUUCACACACGCAAUCCUUUGGCAGCCCAUGUGGAUCCAGUAUGUUACAGAGAGACAUUCAUAUCUCUUUUCUAUUUAAGGACCUAAUAGAGGAACAUAAGAAACACACCAGAAGGAAAUGUUUUGGGGAAAACAUUUGCGUGGGAGUUCCUUCGCUGUUGUGCAGCAUCUCGGUUCAUUUUUACUCCCACUGACUUGUAUUAUAGUUGAACUAAAAUAUGUUUAUAUCUGAACAUAAUUCUGUAAAAAAAAAAGAAAGUGAAUGUUGGAAAUUAGUGUAUUGACCAUGUUCUUAAUAAAGUGUUUUUGGACUUUAA